GGAAAAGUAAAUUUGAGUCGCAUCAAAUGCCUUUGAAUGUCCAGACAUGGCGUCUUGAGCGGGUAACAUUCGGGACAGGCCCCUGCUUGUGUGAACACAUAUACGUCCAAGUUAUAACAUUAUGUAAAGCAACCUGCAACAUACGAGAAACAAGGGCGCAACGUUUGUGAAUGCUUGCGAUCCAUCAUGUCUCCGUGAUAGUUGAUAUUAUCUCAGUCCUGGCGUUCUAGGCCCACAUUGUCUCAUGUCAUCUCCAAUGCACAUUACAGAUGGCCCUCUUUACCUGCUCAGAUGCGAGUCCCGAUAAGACGGCAAACGAGAGUGGCUGGCUGAAAUAAUGGUAGCAGAAAAACACCCCCAUAGAAUUCUGUUUUCCAUUCUAGGUCAACGUGACUCUUAAUGUCCUCACGAUAAGGACGGUUAAGAACAGGGAUUGAAAUUAAUACUGAUAAAGAGCAAGUUGUCAAGAGACACGGAAACCUCCAGAAACCAACCCACAGGUAAAGUGCACUGAAUUAACGGACGCAGGAACACACCUGUAAUCAACAGACGACAUCACAGGUGACUGAUAGGCACGACAAGCUGGACGACCUACACAAUCAGCCAUCGCCAACAGUUGUAAAAAAUUAUACUCCUCUAUCGUCUGUACUUUCUUUGCGAUACGGAAUAUAUUUGCUCUGAAAUCAUGACACAGGCGUGAUAUCAAAUGUUGGAUUUUAAUGGACACUAGGACAAUAGCGGCUGACAGGAUUUAACCGCGUUAGUACAGGGGUGAGAAUUUGGUUAAAGAGAAGAUACAUAAAUGAUGAUGAACAGCGAGCAAGAAGAAGAAGUAUGGAUCUUCGGACGCCUUGUAAGGCGGAAUGGUGUAAACACAGACGACAUAAACCUUGCCAAUGAAAACAACGUAGCUAACAUGACGAAUAUUACCACUCAGUUUCCCAUCACCACAACUGGGCUCCACCAUAAGGGAGAAACAAAUCUCGAGGAUUUAAUUCACACAAGCACGCAAUGGUCCGACUUAAAGUUCCAUUGGGGCAUAGGAUGCUCCAUUUUCGUUUUACUUGGCCUCGUUCUCGUGACCUUGCUGCAUUUCCGAAAAAUGUACCUCGAACCAGAUAGAAAAAGGCGACGAGAGACAGAAAGAUUUGCCAAGCAGCAGGCACGAAUUCAAAUAUCCGACAGAGAGGUUAUCAGAUUAAACGAACGCCCGAUAAAGAAGGACGAAUUCAUAGAUGAAUAUAACAGACGCAAACGGAAGAAGAUUCUGGAACAGGAAUUCUGGGCAUUGAUUCGUAUGGAAAAAACGAAGAAGACUAACAUCGAUUCAAAUGGGCUAAAUGGAAUGGACCGCUUGGUGAAAGUUUUCCAGACUUCAUUUGCUGUAGCGAACUCACUGUAUGAUGUCGCCUCAAAGAAGAAAUUUUUAAACAACAUAUACACAGCCCCACUUAAAAUAGACAGUUUUGAAAAGAAGAAUGCGUUUGAAGCAGUCACAGCGCCUAUGUCUCAGGCCGACUGCAACAUGUUCUGGGAAAUGGUCUGGAGAGAAAACGCCGCCUCUGUUGUCAUGCUAACAGAGAGGUUCGAAUACAGUAGGGUUUUAAGUUUCAAAUACUGGCCGGAUAAACUUUCCGACAGAUGGCACUACGGAAACAUAAGGGUGACGCUCCAAGACACAUUAAAGACUGCAGACUGCUUUGUCAGGACCAUGGUGCUGCAGAAGAAACACGGCGUCGAGAAGCGAACGAUAAAACAUUUCCAAAUACGCAGUUGGAAUGGAGGGCGUCAACCCACACCCGCCAUGUUGGUAGACCUGUGGCGGAGAGUUAACGAGGAGAUGGAGCGCAGAGGAAGACUUUGUGGACCAAUUAUUCUACACGAAUCAAAACAGAGCUUCGCCAAAACCGGUGUAUAUAUCGCGUUCCAUGAAGCUAUCACACGACUGCGUGCCAAAAAUGAUGUUAACAUUUUCAACUAUAGUUCAUAUAUGCAUAAGGUUUACCCAGGGUUGACUAGUGAUAAGGAAUCUUACGAGUUCAUUUACGACGUCGUUGCCACGUUUCUCAAUUGCCAGUUUGCCGGAGUAACGGUGGAAAAAUUCGAGGGCCUAUGCAAAAACCUUAGCAGUAAAAGGGGUUGGUUUCACAGGGACGGGUAUCAAAAGGAGUUUGAGCUGCUGAACAAUAUGGCGCCUGUGCUGACCCCUAGCGACUGUGCGGCAGGUUACAUGUUAGAAAACAGGCGGAAGAACAGAGAUGCUAUUUUACUGCCACCGGAUAAAGCUCGGCCGUACCUGAAGAGCAUUCAAAGAUCGUCCGGGACUGACUACAUCAACGCUCUUUUUGUCGAUGGAUACAGCGAAUCUAAUGCCUUCAUAGUGACGGAAUGGCCGUCUACCAAAGGAACGGUCAAUUACCUAUCUACCGUCGGGGACUUCUGGACGAUGGUGUUUGACCAUGACAUAAGUGAAAUAGUGGUGCUGCAUAACUUUAAACAUAAAACGUUUCGCGAACCGUUCUGGCCCACUUCUAUACAAUGGGGUGAAGACUACAAUAACUUCAGAGUCUCUCUGCUCUCAGGGAAACGACAACCCGAAUACAUGGUCAGGAACUUUUCUGUCAUGAAAACGAUAGACGACAAGAUGUACCGCAUGCUCGGGGAACUAGGCGUGAAACUUGCAAAGAAAGAACGUGCUUUCAACUCGGUGUGUAAAUACGUCACCAUGAUCCAACUUCUCAAGUGGCCAAAAUACAACCGCAAAACUGGAAGACUAAAGGAACAGCAAGGACUCAUACAGGCAGCGCUCCUGGCGGAGGAAUUGCAGACUAAGAACGCGUCCAAAACGGGGAAAGAACGCCCGAUUUGUGUUGUGUCAAAGGAUGGAGUGGGCAGAUGCGGAGUGUUCUGCACUGUGAGUAACGCGCUGAGUAGGAUCAAAGCCGAAAGAAAAGUUGACAUCUUCACCACAGUGAACGCCGUCAAAACAAACAGAUCUGUGCUGGUCAAAAAUGUGAAAGAAUACAGACUUUGCCACGAUACUGUUAUGGACUACAUCAACGCCGAAACUACCGGAAUAGUGAACGGUGGUGGCAUAAUUAAUGUAGCGUAUUGUAACGAGACGGAGACAGAGACGGAGAAAGAGUCCCACGUUUAGCAAAGGAUUACGAGAAAAAGAACGAAAAUAGAGGGAGCUGUGCACAGAAAUGCCACCGGAAUUAUUAAGGAUGGACUUGUAAAAUGUCUCCCCUAUUAUAAGGAGCAAAAUGCAUUUGACCAUCUGGAAGGUGACGGGUAAAACCGGAAAAAUGCAGCGAGACCAACAAAAAUGAUUCGAUGUUUAUCGCAUGCACUGAAUCAGUGCCUUACCUGUAGAGGCAUCUGUUUUAAAAAGUAUUGUUACUAUCCUCGUCCUGUGUGACACCAUCUUUACCAGAAAUGAAAAGGGGAAGUUUUUGCCUUGGUGGCAGAUACUGAUUGACAACACGCAAAGGAAAACAUUUCAAAACGGUUCUCAUUGCCAAACUUCACAGGGGACAGCACGUGACCUUCAAUGAAUUCGAUGUACUUCUAUGAAGGUGGCAUUUAUACGAAAUUUUAUGCUUUUAAAUUCAGUGGGCAAUAGUUUGAAAUAUCCAUGCUCAUUUUUCAGACAGAACAGAAGUGGAUUUUGGUGGCUAUAGCCUUUAACCUCAUUCAGUGAGACGGUUGGGAGAACCUUUACAUCUUUUUCGAAAAAGAUAUUAUAAAUUAUAAUAACUUUAUGGUAUUGAAUGUGUUAUAUGCAAAAUAUAGACAAAGUUAUUAAAUUGGCCCUCACAACCUCAUGAUUUAAGACGACAUUAUUGGUUGCUAUUUGGUUUGCAAUCUAUUUUAUACGAUAUUACAUAUCUGUAAUAGGAGCAAUGUGGUACCUUAACGGUAUUUGUUUUAGUAAGAUUGCCAUAGAGCCAUCAUUCCAUUUUAUUUCUCUCAUAUUUUUAAUAUAAGUUAAUAAUUAUCCCAGUUUACCAUCACUCAUUCAUUUGAGAUUAAGGCCCGUUUUUAUUAUUACACUCAUGCCACUUUGUAGACGUUUGAUAAGUUGUUUAUCGUUCGAAUGACAGGGGGC